AUGUAUCUACUCGUAUACAUCAGGUAUUGCGAUCAGGCUAGACAACGACGACUGAUCAUUGCAGUUCUGAUAGUUAAGGUCGUGCUUGUGGUUGCAUUUACAACCUUGAUCUUUACGCUAGUAGAUUCUAGAGGAGUUCAGCGGUCGGUGAUUGGUGAUGUUUGUUGCGUAUACAACAUCAUCAUGUAUAUCGCUCCCAUAUUCGUUGUGAUGAGGAUUGUGAAGAACAAGAGCGUCGAGCACAUGUCUUUUUUGGUAGCAUUUGCGAUGUUCGCAUACGCUAUAGUUUGGAGCGUCAUCUCGUUUUUACCCCUAGAUCCUAUUAUGUUUAUUUCCUUUGAGAUAUGCACAUUACUUGGACUAGUGUAUGCUGAGUAUUACCCAUGGACACAGAUGAUUAUUGCCGCGAGACAGAGAGUAUCUGUUUGA